GAAGACACCUUUCUCUGUCAGUCCUGCCUGGGUAGCACAUAUUCAGGUAUGUUAAAAAACAUACAACUUUCUGUGCAACAGACAACAUACUUAGGAGUUAAUUCCUAGCCUUCUGAAAUCAUUUGAAGCCUCCCACUGAUUUCUUUGGGUUUUCAGCCAGUUUAUUUUCCCUUCCAGAGGUAGCAAUCCAUUGACUCAGAAAAAUGGUUGAUCGUCUCUUGGGAACUUGGAAAUCAACCUCUUGUGAAAAUUUUGAUGAAUAUAUGAAAGAAUUAGGAGUGGGCUUAGCCACCAGGAAAUUGGGUAGGCUAGCCAAGCCCAGCAUGACAAUUAGUGCUGAAAGAGAUGUAAUAACCAUCAAAACCAAGGGUGCUUUUAAAAAUAACGAGAUUUCGUUCAAGCUUGGUGAGCAGUUUGAUGAAACCACACCAGAUGACCGGAAAACCAAGAGCAUUGUAACCUUAGAAGAUGGUUCAUUAAAUCAGGUCCAGAAUUGGGAUGGCAAAGAGACUACAAUAAAAAGAAAAGUGGUGGAGGGAAAAAUGGUGGUGGAAUGUACCAUGAAUGAUGUCACUUGCACUAGGAUCUAUGAAAAAGUGUGAGGAAAUUCUUUCACAGCCUACUAAACUGGCACCUACAAUACGUUUAACUAUUAUAUGUACUUAAUAAAAAGCAUCCAAAUGCAUAUAGACUUGUAAGUGGUUGGAUUUUCUCAAAAAAUGUAAAAAUAACCUAUCACGGAAUUUGUUUCAUAUGGAGAAUCUGCCUUGGGCAAAUCUGAUCCUAACAGAGGGUCGGUACUUGACACCAUACCUGUUUUCAUCAGUUAGUAAAAAAGCUUGUUGGCUGCCUUUGAAUAUUUGUCCAGGUAUUUUGCAACUACUAGAUAAUGCAGAUUCAUUGUGCAGUACUUGAGGAGGCUAAACCA